CCUUUUCCUUCAUGUCAUCUGACUGCGAAGUAGAUAUUAGUGUCUCGUACUCAGGUCAUACUAACAAUUAGCAGUUUCCCUGCCAACACAAGUAAUUAAACUCUAAGCGUAAGUCAACAAUCCCACUUAAUCCUGUAAAUGGUUAAAUGUAUCCUCUAUCUACAGACGUGGCACAGGAGAGCCAGGCUAGGAACAUCGGUGCAUUUGUUUCUUUAUGGAGGAAUGCCUGUCGAUGAACUUGACCAAACUACUGCUUAUUGUCGGUAUUUCUUCUGAUUUUACCAGCGGUGGUGCACUUAUUUUGUGCUCGCGAGAUGUCACUUAAUCAUUACAUUAAUCACUGUCUCUUAUGCAUAGCCUCUCAGACAUUAUAAGAACCUUAAACGCAGCUUUUAUCAAGCAGUCGACGACUCCUCUGACCUUCUUUGCCUGGCAUUAUUGUUAUGGUAUUAUCCUUAUCCUCUUAAAAUCGCACAACUCUUUCCACCACAAUGUUUGACACUUAAGAUGAAACAACAGUAUUCUGACUAUUAGUAUACACAGGGUGAGUUGAACAUUAUCUCAGUAUGUUACUGAGUAAACUCUGAGAUAUAAUGAAGGUCUUCCCUGCCCUCUCCUACUGAGCAGGUCAUGCUGCAGCUUCCAUAACUGAGUUAUCACCUGUGAUUGGAUUGGCUAAAAUGACAAGUGGCUGGACUUACAAGUUAAGAAAGAUAAGGGGCUUUAUGAUUCUAACGUCACAGUAAUUAGUUUCCCCUAGGAUCCCCUUACCCGGUAAGCCACCCGCUACCUGCUGUUGCCGGGGGGGGGAGGUUGGAGCCUCGGCUUCGGUCGUGUGUCCUCAGAGGAGUUAGGAAAUGUCUCAGUAGCGUCUGCGCUGGCAUAUCCUCUUGAGGCCAUCUUUACCAUUCCGCUCUUCAUCCAUCCAGCUGCACCAGUCUGAGAGGAGCAACUUUGUGCAGCUACAGAGGGCAUCGCUCAUCUGAACUCGGACGACAUGGCAGACAAAGACACUGUAGAGAAGUUCCUUGACAACAACCCCCAGGUUGCAAAGGAGUACUACGAAAAGAAAGUCAAGGCUGAUGUGAUUACCGCUGCCUUCGGCGCACAGGUGCAGGUGAAAGACCCGGCCUCUUACAAGGAUGUCACCACCAUCCAGGAGGCCGAGUUCAUGUUUGAGCUCAUAAAGGAGUUGCAAGGCGCCGACAAGAUGGAGAAAGCCCUGCACAAAGUUCUCCAGAGGAUUGCUCUGCUGAUCCAGGCUGACCGCUGCAGUUACUGGGGCUUCAGGGCUCGUAAUGGGACGCCCGAGCUUUCCUCGAUUCUCUUCGACGUGACACACAAUUCUUCAUACGACAAAAACAUAGUCAACCCAAACGUAGAGAUUGUUUUUCCCACCGACAUGGGACUUGUUGGAUGGACUGCGCACUCCAAGAAGCCUCAGAACAUCAUUGAUGUUAAGAAGGACUCUCAUUUCAGUGACUUUGUGGAUAAACAGACCAAAUACACCACCAAAUGCAUGCUCAGUUUUCCUAUCAUGAGUGGAAAAGAACCCAUCGGUGUCAUCAUGGCGCUCAACAAACAAGGCGCCAGUGAAUUCUCAAAGAGCGAUCAGGAGCUCUUCAAUAAAUAUAUGAACUUUGCUGCUGUGAUCUGUCUGCAAGCCCACACGGCUUACAUGUGGGAUGUCGAGUCCAGGAGAAGCCAGGUGUUGCUGUGGUCAGCCAGCAAGGUUUUUGAGGAGUUGACUGAUAUUGAGAGGCAGUUUCACAAAGCCUUGUACACAGUGAGGACAUAUAUCAAGUGCGAGAGAUACUCUGUGGGACUCCUGGACAUGACCAAAGACAAGGAAUUCUUCGACGAGUGGGCAAUCAAACUAGGAGAACAGGAGCCAUACAAAGGCCCCAAGACACCUGAUGGCAGAGAAAUCAGCUUCUACAAGAUUAUUGACUAUUUGCUGGAAGGCAAAGAGGAGAUCAAAGUUAUCCCCGGCCCCCCGGCCGACCACUGGGCUCUGGUCAGCGGACUCCCCUCAUAUGUAGCAGAGAAUGGAUUUAUCUGCAACAUGAUGAAUGCUGCAGGAGACGAGUACUUUUCAUUUCAGAAAGGACCAGCGGAUGAGACUGGAUGGAUGAUUAAGAAUGUGCUCUCCCUCCCUAUCGUCAACAAAAAGGAAGAAAUUGUUGGUGUUGCCACUUUCUUCAACAGGCUCGAUGGCUACCCCUUCGACGAGAAUGAUGAACAGAUCACAGAAGCUCUAACCCAGUUCCUCGGCUGGUCCACCCUGUGCAGCGACACAUACGACAAACUGAACAGGACAGAGUGGGGUAAAGAAAUCUCCCAGGAAAUGCUCAUGUAUCAGACAACGGCCACACUGACUGACGUGCAAACCAUUCUGAACACGCAAGAGAAGUUAGGCUCUGCACCAGAGGACUGUGACACGAAGGAGAUGUACAAACUGUUGAGAACCAACAUCCCUGAAGCCAAGACCGUGGAACUCCUCGAGUUCCGCUUCAGCGACUUCCCCUUGUCAGAGUUCGAACUCAUCAAGUGCGGAAUCCGCUGCUUCUUUGAGCUGGGCGUGGUGGAGAAGUUCAAAGUCCCACCUGAGAUCCUGACGCGAUGGAUGUACACGGUUCGCAGGGGAUACCGUGACAUCACCUAUCACAACUGGAGGCACGGCUUCAAUGUCGGACAAACCAUGUUUACUCUGCUGCUCACAGGCAAACUGAAGAAGUAUUACUCUGAUCUCGAGGCCUUCGCCAUGGUUGCUGCUGGAUUCUGCCACGAUAUUGACCACAGGGGGACCAACAAUCUGUACCAGACAAAGAGUUUAUCUCCACUGGCAAAACUGCACAGCUCCUCAGUUAUGGAGCGACAUCAUCUUGAGUACAGUAAGACACUGAUGGAGAAUGAGAACCUGAAUAUCUUCCAGAACCUCCAGAAGCGUCAGUUUGAGACGGUGCAACAUCUGUUUGAAGUUUGCAUUAUUGCCACUGAUCUCGCCCUGUAUUUCAAGAAGAGAACAAUGUUCCAAAAGAUUGUGGAAAGUGUAGAGGGGAUUGCAGAUGAGAAGGAGAAGAUCAGCUACGUCUCCAACAACGCAACCAGGAAGGAAAUUAUCAUGGCAAUGAUGAUGACAGCUUGUGAUCUGUCAGCCAUUACAAAGCCAUGGGAGGUUCAGAGCAAGGUCGCUCUGAUGGUGGCAGCAGAGUUUUGGGAGCAAGGAGACCUGGAAAGGACCGUUCUCGAUCAGCAGCCCAUUCCAAUGAUGGACAGAGCUCAUGCAGAAGAGCUGCCUAAGAUGCAGUGUGGUUUCAUCGACUUCGUCUGCUCUUUUGUGUACAAGGAGUUCUCUCGUUUCCACACAGAGAUCAGCCCCAUGUUCGAAGGGCUGACCAUCAACAGGGGAGAGUGGAGGGCUCUCGCUGACGUCUACGAGGCCAAGAUGAAGGCCAUCGAAGAUGAAAAGAAGAGGCUGGAAGGUGGAGACCCACAACCUGCAGAAGCGAAGUCAAAGACGUGUGUUGUGUGCUAGACCUCCAGGACCGCCGACGCAUUUCUGGAUGUUUGUCUGGAUGUGUAUUUGUACAGUGUGUGUAUGAGCAUGAGCAUGCGUUCACAGAUAAACACAAAAAAAAACACGAAAUGGUUAUUAUUUUUAUAAACUUUAAUGUUUAUGUUCUCUUCUAUGGAAAUCAAAUUUAAUCAAGAACAUAUGGAUGCGAUGCAAUGUAAACAUUAAUUCAACAUUAGUCUUGAUAUACUAAAAGAACUACUGGAAUCAUUAAGAAGAGUACACAUAUGUAUUUUAUUAUGAAUAUUUAUACUGAAUGCAAUGUAAGGAUAUUUAGCUAACUUUCUUUGACUCAUGACAUGAUGUGAAUAGCAAUAUUAGGCUGCAAAUACAGUUUGAGCUGUUAUAUCUGAGUAUUUUUUGAAUAUAAUUAUGGUAAUAAAAUGCUCUCACUUUGUUGAAAAACAGCUCAAAGCAAAAUAACUACUGACUUUUAUUGCAUGUUGUGUUUUUAAAAAUUCAAACAUAUGUCCCUGGUAAAGGGGUGAGAGAUGUAAGGAGAUUUGCCAGGACUGGAUUUAGUAAUAAGCCACCUCUAGCCCUGAGGCUUAACUUUUUAAGUCCCCUGCUUACAUAAAGUAAUGUCCCGUUCAUAAGUCAGCGUGUCCAGUGUGCAUGUGGCCCGCAGGACACGGGAAGGUGUCAUGUGGAAACACUGUGCGGCACGCAGAGUCAAAUCCACCAAGUGUCAGAGAAAUGCUAUUGUCUGAUGAUGUGUUGUGAUUUCUGAAACCUGACAUGUUGAGAUUUAUUUUCGGAGAGCUUGUGACACGGGUAGCGCAUAGCAGAACAAUGUCAGAUUUUAUUGUGUUUUCUUUUUGGAUGUGAAUUAUUUGUUUGCUCAGCUAUGAACUUUGAAUCUCAGUGACUGCAACAUUUGCAAGGAAACUCUGUCAGGCAUGUAUAGCAUUAAAUACACAAUCAUAUGUGCAAUAGCAUCAUGUAUAAAAUAUGUAUAAGAUAUGUAAAAUCUCAAUAAAGUCUAUUUUCCUCAGACUCUA